UAUUGAUAAAGUUACUUUUUACAGUAGUCGCAGUAGCAGUACUUUAUUAAGUUUGAUGGUAGAUACACUUUUACUUUUGAAAUCCCUUUUUCUUAAGAAUAGAAAUAGUUACUGAUAAUGGAGAUAUGUACACUCUUUCUCAAAAAGACAAGUAGACGCGUUGAGUUCCAAAAGUUGAUUACAGACAUAUUAUUGCCAUGCCUGGAAAGGUUGCUGUCUACGUUUUUAUUUUCCUUCACCUCAUCCCACCUUCACUUUACUGUGUCUUCUUACAGAAAUGAAAAUGUCUAUUUAUACAGUUUCUGUAUACGGUUGGCCUUGUAAGAGAUGAAAGAAAAGUUGUGUGUGACGUGUAUCGGCAGUGAGCCAAUUCUCGUAUAGACCAAACAGUGAAGUGCAUGAAUUGCAGCCUUUUCGGUCUUUUUUUUUUCAAUUUUGCUGUACAAUACGAAAAAAAGAAAGAAAGAAAGAACGUCAAUCCCUUAAUCACAAUGCCGAAUAUAACCAUCGAUUUCAGGCACCUGGUCGAAAGCAAGAAUAAUGAUUCACAAAUGACCCGUACUACACGGCGACGAAAAAGAAAGCACGAUGAAAGUUUAGUUGAUCCAUUCACUCAAGAAGCUUACAGAAUAUACCAACAUAUAAACAACUUAAAAAAGUUCCUCGUCUCCAUUCGACCUGCUUACUUAAGUUCCACCAAUCGUCCUUCUCGUCUAGCUGCAGGAAGAAGCACGAAAUCAGAAGCACAAGGUGAUAGCCAUUCGUUAUUCUCUAUUUUUUCCGGUGACAUUACGCACUUAACCGAUCGAGAGCGUGAUGAGAUUGACUUUCAAGCCAAGCUUAUCAUACGACGUUGUAUGGAUAGAAUCAAAGAAUUGGAAGAUUUUGAAAAAGAACGACAUGAGAAAGAAUCAGCCAAACCUGUUAGCCGACUGGCUCAUUUCUUCAACGCAGUGUUAUCUUCUGCAACAGAAGAAGAUACAUUGAAUGUACACCGAAGUAGUAUGACAUGGUUUUUAAAUCAAAAGUUGACGCAGGUUUCUAAGAUACAGAAAGAUCAACAGGAAAUUCGCUUGAAUAGAGAGAUUGAAAAGAGUGAAAACCAACUAUCGAAAUCGAUUUUUGCUCAUCCUCCGCCUGAUUAUACGAUUACAGGAGCAACAACAGGAGCAGACAACUUAGAAGCAACAGUACAACGACAAGAAUACGUUGAAGAAGAGGAAAACCCGUUCGAAGAGGAGUUGACCAACGACCAAAUACAAAUGCUUGAAAAAGAGAAUUCACUUAUGCUGGAAGAACUAAAUAAUACGUUGAAUCAAGUGCGAAAUGCAGAGAAGGCUUUGUUGGAAAUUUCUACACUCCAAAAUCAGUUGACAAGUCAUUUAGCCGCACAAACAAUCCAAACAGAUAGGCUAUACGCAGAUGCUAUAGCAACAACUGAAAAAGUAAGUCAAGGCAACUUACAGCUUAUUUCCGCCAGAGAACGGAAUAAGAGUAGUCGAAAAUUUAUGCUACUAUUUCUCGUCGGUGCAAGCUUUGUCCUUUUAUUUUUGGAUUGGUAUUCUUAAAUAAAAAACUGUUUGCAUG